GAGAGGAAAAUCACGAUUUAAAAAAUAAUUAUACUUCCACUGCCUUAGGAAGUCAAAUUGGUGAUGAGCUCCGAUCGUUAACCUUCAUUCAGAGCGUGAUAUGAAUGAAAACGAGGGCCUUUUUUUUUUUUUUGCAGUACUUAUGAUAGAUAGAGCCUGUUGCUGCGACGGCGGAUUCCUUGCCCCCUUUCAUUUCCCACCUCUUCUCUGUCUCACGUACUCACACGACCAGACAACUUCAUCUACACACGCGCGUGGACAAAUAUUUACACACUGCUACCUUGGAGAAAUCCAGGCACACUUCCCUGCAAAUACACUCGCGCGAGCACACGUACCUUACGGGUGCUUACGUACUCUGUCACUCACGGGGAGAUACAGACAUUUACACGUAGGCCAGGAAAGCGCUAAUCACGGUCCUGUGACUCCACGCAGGUUCCCAGGACACGCCUUUUACACUGUUACUGCACCGACCAGCGAACACAGACAAACCUGCCACCACUUAAAUCUACUUGCUGGAUUUCAUCUCCAUGGCAACAAGCAUGGAAGACCAAGAGGUGACUCCAGCAGGAAUUCUGAAGCGCCACAGCGAUAUGACAGUGAAUAAUGAGUAGUACCUACUGCGGUAACUCUUCAGCAAAGAUGAGUGUCAACGAAGUAUCAGCCUUCUCAUUGACUCUGGAACAAAAAACUGGCUUUGCUUUUGUUGGGAUUUUGUGCAUCUUCUUGGGACUUCUUAUUAUCAGAUGCUUCAGAAUCCUGUUAGACCCAUAUAGUAGCAUGCCUUCCUCUACAUGGGAAGAUGAAGUUGAAGAGUUUGAUAAAGGGACAUUUGAAUAUGCACUUGCAUGACAGUUCCAGCUUUACAGAACACUUACGCUGCUGCAUUAUGCCAUGGGGAUACAAUCAUCAUUUCCUAGAGUGUGCUGGAAGAGGCUCAUUUCAUGCACUGAUCAAUAAACAUAUAUGGUUAACCUAUCCACCACACUGUGUAAC